GUAUUUUGGCGGUAAAUUAAUACAUGGUUAAAAAAUCGCGAUGUGUCUGUUAAAUAUUAGAAAAAAGAAACAUUUUAAUCCGCUAAUAAGUUGUUUUUAAACACUACCCCAAAAUUAAACUGUCUAUAUUUUAAUACGAAGAUAUUCAAUGAAAACAUAAAAAAUGUCUACUAAAAAGAGGCAUACAACGAGGUAUUCGUCCAAUUCGACCGUUUCUACAUCUCCAAUCGACUUCAGCAACAUGAACAGAUUGGAUAAGUGCAGGUUUUCAUCCAAUCAAAAGUUCAACAAAUACAAUGCGUUACAAACGAGGGAACGUUCUUGCUGUAACACAGUCAUUAAUUUAAAUACACUACAGGGAUCUCAACACAUUAACAACAAUAAUAGUAAUGUAAUAAACAACAAUUUUUUUAAAGAGGAAAAUUGGGAAAAUCAAUCAGUUAGUUCAUAUUUAAAAAACGAAAAUGGUACUCAGUCUCCAGUAUACAAAGAAGAUACAAUAUUUUAUAACUCAUCUGUUAGGGUUUCAACACCUACUCGGCAACCAACUCAGCAACAUCAACGAGAAUACUCUCCACAGUCAAACUCAAAUUCAUCUGUGAACGUUCAAUACUCACCUUGGAGAAAAAGAAGACAACACCCUAAGGAUAUUUAUAAAAGAGUUUUUGGUUUAAUGGAGAGAUUUUCAUCCCGAUCUCAUUUGUUAAGGAUAUCAGAGCCACUUAGUUUACCAAAGAAUAAUCUAUACCCAUAUCUAAGUCAUUCAAUGUGGUUACUAUUUUGCGAAAAAGCUCAAAAAGAGGAAACUUAUCUUCAAAAGCUUGAGUUUUGGAAAGUUAUUCAUUUAGAUAUUAGAAAAGUUUUACAUAAAUACAGCUUGUUUAUGGUUGGUUCAACGAUGAACGGUUUAGGAAUGGAAACAAGUGAUAUAGAUAUGUGUUUAGUUGUAAGACAGCGCUUAGACGACUUUCGCAAUGAUGAACUCAACAACUUGCAAAGUAUUCAAGCAGCAUUACGAUACUUUGAUUAUGUAAAAUCACCAGAAAUCAUUUUUGCAAAAGUUCCAAUAUUAAGAUUCAAGGAUGUCCGUUAUGGGUUUGAGGUUGAUUUAAAUUGUAACAAUGAUGUGGGCAUACGAAAUACUCAUUUGUUACAUUGUUAUGCUCAUAUGGAUUGGAGAGUACGACCUUUGGUUAUCGUCGUUAAACACUGGGCUCGAAUAAACGAUAUUAAUGAUGCUAAACGAAUGACUAUUUCGAGUUAUUCGCUUGCAUUAAUGGUUAUACAUUAUUUACAACAUGGUGUUUCUCCACCUGUUUUACCAUGUUUACAUGCUUUAUAUCCAGAAAAAUUUUUAUCAACUUCAAAAAUAAACACUAUAGAUAUUCAAGAGGAUGUUCCAGCUUAUACAUCGGCAAAUAAACAAUCAUUGGGAGAAUUAUUGCUUGGUUUUUUGCAUUACUACGCCAAUUUUGAUUAUAAUAAGUAUGUAAUAUCUGUGAGGGAACGUGGUGUAUUAUUAAAAGAAGAGUGUCGUCACGUUUGCGCACCAAAAAACGAUUCCUUGCAAUGGAAAUUGUUGUGCAUUGAGGAACCGUUUGAUAUGACAAAUACCGCGAGGUCGGUUUACAAUGUGGAAACGUUUGAGUAUAUUAAAAUAGUUUUUCGGGUUUCAUCUAAAGUAUUGGAAAACUCGCUCGAAUUGAAUCAGAUUCUCCUUAAAGUUAAAAGCGAUUAUCAUAGAUGAUUUAUUUUUAUGGAUUAGCUUUGUAAGUUCAAGAAAGAAGUUAGGAUAAGAACUAAACCUUUUUUUAAAUUUUCAUCCCAUUAUACUCAAUUUAUUAAAAAUAAGAAUUUUUUUGAAUCUACAAAGUUAUGGAUUUUUGCGAUUUAUUUUUUGUGCAUAUGUAUAAAAUUAUUAUAAAAAUUGU